AUGAGAUUUUUGUUUUAGAGUAAUGGUCCAUUUUCUUUCUUUAUUUUUAUUUUAUAACAUUUCAGUUUGAAUAAAACUACCAAACCUUCUGUUUUCUGCAAGUGGGGUUUUAAAUACUUUCAAGGAAAUAUUCUUUUAACAGAAAUUGUAAACCAAAACAGAAAUCAAAACAAAAAUAAAGUGCGAAGCAGCAGUUAAGUGGUACUGAAUUAAUUAAUAAGAAUAGUAUCUUUAGCCAAGAACAUUUUAAUUCUCUUAGCUAGAUUUCAUCUUCCCUUCUCACUUCUCCUUCUUUUAUUUCUGAUCACAGUCUUACAAACCCAGGGUUGAUAUAAAUGGAGGGUGGUGCGAGUGAUGAGGUAGCAGAGAGCAGCAAGAAGAUAGGGAGAGGGAAGAUAGAGAUAAAGAGGAUAGAGAACACCACGAAUCGCCAAGUCACUUUCUGCAAAAGACGCAAUGGUCUGCUUAAGAAAGCUUAUGAGCUCUCUGUCUUGUGUGACGCUGAGGUUGCUCUUGUCAUCUUCUCCACUCGAGGUCGUCUCUACGAGUACGCCAACAACAGUGUAAGAGGAACGAUUGAAAGGUACAAGAAAGCUUGCUCCGACGCUGUUAAUCCUCCUUCCGUCACCGAAGCUAAUACUCAGUACUAUCAGCAAGAAUCGUCUAAGCUACGGAGACAGAUCCGGGACAUUCAGAAUCUGAACAGACACAUUCUUGGUGAAUCUCUUGGUUCCUUGAACCUCAAGGAGCUCAAGAACCUGGAAGGUAGGCUUGAGAAAGGCAUCGGUCGUGUCCGCUCCAAGAAGCAUGAGAUGCUAGUUGCAGAGAUAGAGUACAUGCAAAAAAGGGAGAUCGAGCUUCAAAACGACAACAUGUAUCUUCGAUCCAAGAUUAGUGAAAGAGCAGGAAUGCAGCAGCAGGAAGCGAGUGUGAUACAUCAACAAGGGACGGUUUACGAGUCGUCUUCCCAUCAGUCGGAGCAGUACAACCGGAACUAUAUUCCGGUUAACCUUCUUGAACCAAAUCAGAACUCCUCCGACCAAAACCAACCACCUCUCCAACUUGUUUAAGUAAAGUCUAAUCAACAAAAUAAGCUCCUUAUGCAUAUGUCUAUUCAUGUUACAAUUAUGGUUAAACAACUUAAAAUAAAGACGGGUAACGAUUUGAGAGGGACCUAAGUUACAUAUGUACCUUGAUUAUUUAUAUGUAAUGUAUUGUGUACGUUCCAGCUAGUAACUUUAAGACAAGAGACUUAACUAAAUUUCUAGUUUCUAAUAAAGCUAAUACAUAAUUUACACCAGAGAGAACGUAGA